AUGGGCGACUUGCCGCGCGGCAUGCAGAUGGCCUUUGACCUGAAUGACCCGGCCGUGUGCCGCGACUGCGCUGCAGUUCUCCACAAGAUGAAACAAUAUGUUGAGGCUGCCCAGCUCUAUGAAGCAGCUGGCUCGUACGACCAAGCAGCAUCCUUGUAUAUCUUGGACUUGAACUUCGAUGCAGCUGCACCACUCAUGGCCAAGAUCUCGACUCCCAAGCUGCACCUGCAGUUUGCAAAGGCCAAAGAGUCGCGGGGAUCAUACCAGGAUGCCUUGAUCGCGUACGAGCGCGCUCGAGAUUUGGAUAGCAUGGUCCGAAUCUGCUUGGACAACCUGAAUCAGCCCCAGAAGGCUUUCCAGCUCGUGCGAGAGACGAGGCUAGCUUCAGGCGCUGAACGGGUAGCGGAGUACUGCCGAAAAAAUGGCAACAUCUCCGGCGCAGUGGAGUUUCUGCUUCUGGCCAAGAACACAGACGAGGCCUUCUUGCUGGCCGAGCGGCAGGAUGAGAUGGCAACCUUCGAAGCCGGCCUCGGUGAUCAUGGCACGCAGCAGCAGCACCGGGCAAUUGCGAAGUACUACGAGCAGCGCAACCUUUUGGCCAACGCCGCCAAGCACUAUGCGCUGUGCGAAGAGUACCCAACUGCUCUCAAGCUGUACCUCAAGGUCGGCGAGAAGGAGAUCGACCACGCCAUUGAGGUGGUGGGCAAGGCCAGGAAUGAUUCCCUGACGCAUACCCUCAUUGACUACCUCAUGGGUGAGACAGACAACGUGCCCAAGGAUGCCAAUUACGUCUACCGGUUGCACAAGGCUCUCGGAAACUACAUGCAGGCAGCCGGCACUGCCCACAUCAUUGCAAAGCAAGAGCAAGAGAUGGGCAACUACAAGCAGGCUCACCAGCUUCUCUUCCGCACCUACCAGGACCUAAAGAGCCAGAAGCUUGCACUGCCACAGGAGCUGUGGCGCAGGCUGAUGCUUCUCCACUCGUACGUCAUUGUGAAGCGGCUGGUCAAGGCUGGAGACCAUCACAGUGCCGCGAUCAUGUUGGUACGCGUUGCGAAGAACAUUCAGCAGUUCCCAGCGCACAUCGUCCCAAUUCUUACUUCUGUGGUCAUCGAGUGUCAGCGCGCCAAGAUGCCUGGUGAGUCCUACCAAUACGCCUGCACCCUCAUGAAGCCCGAGUACCGGAAAGACGUUUCAGAGCAGUAUAAGAAGAAGAUCGAGAACAUUGUGCGGAAGCCGCCUCCAGAAGUGGAUCAACGGGAUGCACUGGAGGCGAGCCUGCCAUGCAUGUACUGCAGCUUCAACUUUGCGGAGUCGCAGCUCGACUGCUUGAACUGCAAGAACAUCUCUCCAUUCUGCAUCGCCAGCGGUAUGCGCAUGCUUCGGGAAGAUUGGUCCAACUGCCCGGCCUGCGGCUUUCCUGCAAG